GACAGCGACGCGCUCAUUCGCUGAGGAGGCGAGUUCUGGCGCAUCACGGCGUCCGCUCCGCAUCAACUUCCAAACAUAUCGGGAGGACGGAGGAGCUCGCGCCAGCGUCGACGACCGAGCGGCCAGGAACGACUCCCGUCCGAGCUUGUCUGGAUUGAUCGGUCCAGUUCCCGUCUGUCCAGUGGCUGUCGGUCCAUUGAGCCCCAGGAGCUGUGCAUUGCAUCAUUAAGGGACAAUAGCUGUGGGAAUCGGAACUCUUUAACCUCCUCCCCCAUUUCUUUUCCUCUCCACUGAAGCACCCUCCCCCUAUUAAAUACACUAGCGCAGCCCUCGGACCAUCUCACUCCCUCUCUGCUCAUGAUCCACUCCCCCCUGUCUACCCAGCCAGUCAGUGGGUGAGCUGCUGGAAGCUGUAUAAUCCUCUGUAAAGUAUAGGGCCGUACGCCUGCAUAUGCUCCCUUUUGCCAUGUUGCUGAGGCCUCCCUCAGGAUAGAGCAUGAGGGAGAGCAGAAGGCAGCAUAAAGCUCACAAAGGGAGAAGCGAACGCAGGCGAGGGGAGUGAAAGACUCUGAAGCUCAUUCUCCAGGUUAAUAAUGGCAAAGGGCCAUGGGUGGAAUUCAGUGGGGGAAACUACAUCAUGUGCUAUUUUCACCCCACACCAGCCUCUACUUUGACCAGCAGCCAACUUUGGAGAUUGCCACAUACUGACCUGAUGUACUGAAAGACACACAACCAGAUGAGACUUUUUACCUCUGUGUAGAGUAUUUUUCUAUUUUGUUUCUACUUGGUUCUCCUUCGAUCAGAGCCUACCAGAAGUGCCUUUUUGAUUUACUUUUACACUUCAUCUUUACACACGCUAAUUAGUGAGCUUCCAUACACUAACUGCCGCACAAGGAGGGAAGGUAAAGCCACAAAUCAGUCACUGUCAAAUGCACCGUUGACAAUCAUCCCCUAUUUUGAAGAGUUCCUCCCUGGGUCGCCCUUAAAUCAGCAAGCGUCAAGUUACUAAACCUGCUUGACUUCCUGCACUGCCUCUCGAACGUGUGUUUUGACAACGCAGAGCUGCCACCAUGGUCAGCCUCCAGUCCAAAUGGCGCUACAUUUUCAUGUUCCUGGGCAUCCAGCUGGUCGUCAUGGCCCUGCUGUCUCGAGAGGGCUACCAGAGGAGAGUCACCUACUUCAUUCGCAUCUUCCGCAAGUCCGAUGCCACUGGUUCGGCCACCCGGAACCACACUGCAGCCAGUGUCCCAGCAAGUGACGUAUACGCCAACCUCUCCGGCCUUUUCAAAGGUCACAGUCACAAGGAUGACAUGCCCUACUGCCCGGCGACGUCCCCGCUCAUAGGAGGGCCAAUACACGUCAGUUUUCCAUCAGGGCUCACGUUGGCAGAGGUUCAGAAGAAAAACCCACUGGUGCUACGAGGAGGACGCUAUAGGCCGCCUCACUGCGAGGCGAGGCAUCGGACCGCCAUCGUCAUUCCUCACAGAAACAGGGAGCACCACCUCAAGUUCCUGCUCUACUACCUGCACCCUUUUCUUCAAAGACAGCAACUCAAUUAUGGGAUUUAUGUCAUUCACCAGGCAGGAAACUACACUUUUAACAGAGCCAAGCUGAUGAACGUUGGUUUUCGGGAGGCCAUGAGGGAGGAGGACUGGGACUGUCUGUUUUUCCACGAUGUGGACCUCAUUCCAGAGGACGAUCGAAACACGUACAUAUGUGACUCCAACCCCAAGCAUGCAGCCAUCGCUAUGGACAAGUUUGGCUACAAGCUUCCAUACAAAAUGUACUUUGGAGGAGUGUCCGCUCUGACGCCGCUACACUACCUCAAAAUGAACGGCUUCCCCAACAACUACUGGGGCUGGGGCGGCGAGGACGACGACAUCGGAGUCAGAGUGUCUCUGGCAGGGAUGUACAUCACCCGUCCUUCGUUGAAGGUCGGCCGUUACAAGAUGAUUAAACACACGCUGGACAAAGGCAAUGGAGUGAACCCAAAAAGAUUCAACAUGCUGGCCAAAACACGUCAGACCUGGAAGCUGGACGGAAUGAACACAGCUGAAUAUGAGGUCAUCUCACGGCAGUACCUUCCCCUCUACACCAACAUCACCGUCAACAUUGGCACUGAGGCUGGUUUGCAUCCGACUCGUCCAGAACCACGUCCUCCAGCCAAGAAUUUAGCAGGCCCACAUGCAGCUGAAGCCCCUUUGGACUCGGCCAAGCAGGAAGACGUGCGCUCAGACGAAUAGCCUCUGAUUACAAUCCUCCCACCAACUGCUGCGGAAUGAUGGGUCUCCUCCAGCUCUGUGUGGUGAUUAAAACACCUGGAUCCUUAGAACUAAAACUCAAGAUGUGAAUUUUUCAAACCUUGGGUAACUUCUCUUUGGUACCUACAAUCCUAUUACUAUAGUGAUUAUUCUUCCAAGGGAGCCACUGCGAGAGAAAGGAUAACCGUUGGACUCUGUGAGUUUAUAUAUCUACAGCGCUCUGGUCGCUGGAUCAACCUCGUGAUGCCUUAGAAUCCUGUCUGGUUUUGUCUGUUAGAAUAUUGGUUUGCACGGGAUCUGCCGUUUCCAGCAGCCACACUGCGCUGCAAGAGUCAGACUCAGUUUUAUGUCUCAAAAGCCAAUGAAUACAGUUAAAGAGACGAUGUGUCUCCAGCUGAGUGUGCAAAGCUGCUACAGUGUGAAGUAAAUGAAGGACCUUUUAACACUGUUGUUAUUAUUAGUACUGCUCUUGACAUAUUAGUGCACAUAUCCUGUCUGUGGGCCUUUUUAGAAAGUGUUACUACACAGAGGGUUCCUGCUUCAGUUGGGCCUGUGUCAAACGCUAGGUUAACGGUUUCUGUUUAGAGCUGAUGAUGAUAUGAAGUGGAAAUACUAAUGGGAAUCAGAACGGUGAACUUUGGUUGUAUUCAGGCCAAGGCACAGUUCCUGUGUAGGGUUUAUUUUUAGGAGCAUUAAUUUCUGCCUUUUGGAUUAUUUUCUUUGUUUGCAGCAUCACUGCGUGUGUGUGCGUGUGUGUGCGUGUGUGCGUGUGCGCGUGUGUGCGUGUGCGCGUGUGUGUGAGAGAGCGAGAGGAAGGGAAGGUUUGGUUGGUGGACUUGCCUGUAUCAUGUGAUUAUGAUUAGUCCUGCCUUCAGAUGAGCUUGUAAUUUACAUCAAAAUGCAGUCUGUGUUGAUUGAUUUUUUAUUUUUUUUUGGGGUGUGUGUUGUGUACAGUUCCUCAUGUAAGGGUGUUGGUAUUCGAUCAUGUGUCUGCCAUACAUACUGCUUGUUUAUAUCAUUGAAAUGAUCCAUGGAUGCUGCUGUAGCGACAUGUAUCAAACCAAUAAUUCAGUAGCUGGAUGCUGCCUGUGGCUCAUGCUGUUAAACCUCCUUUUAUUCUUUUUGUAGCUUGGCAUCAAACCUUGCUGCCCUCUCUUUAUUUGCUUCCUCAGAACAGGCUAACUUCGACAUGUGCCAUAUCCUUCCUGCGCCCAUAUUACUGCACGCUGCCUCUCCUGCUCUUGAUUCCACGGCGACAGAUUUGAUUGUUGAGACUACAAACAUAAACACUUCCUUUAGCCAGCGAGCGUCCCGGUACCAACCAGGGAACCAAACCAAAGACGAGUGCAUGCAAAGCUGUUCUAUUGAAGUGUGUGUGUGCAGAUGAUUGAUUUCUGACCUGAUCUUGAACAGGCCUGUUUAUUUCCUGUCAAUAUCUACAAUCUGAAACAAGUGUGCAAACCACAAAUUAAGAUUGUGGUGUAGUAAAGGGAUUAUAAACUUUUUUUUUAAUCUUCUUCAUGGGGUUCUCUGUAAAAAGUCAUGAUUAUCAAUGUUUUUUUGUUAAUUCCUCAGUCUUGUCAAAAUGCUAUGGGCUUUUCAAAAUAUCACUAAUGCAGUAUAUGCAUGGUAACGCAGCAGUCAGUAAUACAACAUGGAGGUUGUGCGUACAUCUCAGUUAUGAAGCAUGAUGAAUUGUCUGUUUGCACUUUUUCACUCGUGCAGUGCUUCUAUUUGGCGUUUAGGAAUAAUUCGCCUUCGAGCCAAAUGUACUAAAGAAAGCAAAUUUUACAUCAUAAUCUCCAGUUGUGUUACACUACGUAUGCUUGUUUUUGCAUUUUAAGCCAAUUCUGUUUCAUUUGACUCCGUUCUGAUGUGGAUGGUAGGAAGCAGUUGUCACUGUGUAGAACUAAAGCAACCUAGGGCAAUGUGAGUUAUUACUGCUCUAUGAAAUCUGCACAGUCCAGAGUGGCCUUGAAUUCAUUAUUAAACUAAUUAUUCCAAGUAAAGGCUGA